GAAGUUGUUUCAAAAUUUUUUGUUGCUGAAAUUCUUGAACCAAAAAAAAAAACAACUUUGCAAAAACCAAUUAAAAUAAAAUACGAUGAAGAUAUUGUUGAUGAUGAUGAUGAUGAUGAUAAAACAACAGACAAUAAAUGGGAGCCAAAUAAUUGGAAAGAAACAUAUGAAUUAAUAAAAGAAAUGAGAAAAAAUAAUACAGCACCUGUUGAUGAAAUGGGAUGUGAUAAAUGCUCAGAAAAAGAUGCAUCACCAGAAAUUUAUCGUUAUCAAUGUUUAUUAGCAUUAAUGUUGAGUAGUCAGACAAAAGAUCAAGUAACACAUGCUGCAAUGGAACGUUUAAAAAAUCAUGGCUGUAAACCUGAUAUUAUUGUAUCAACUCCUGAUGAUGAUCUUGGAAAAUUAAUAUAUCCAGUUGGAUUUUGGAAACGUAAAGUACAGUAUAUUAAAAAAACAAGUGAAAUAUUAAUUCGUGAUUACCAAAGUGAUAUACCAAGUACGAUUGAGGAUCUAUGCAAAUUACCAGGUGUUGGUCCAAAAAUGGGACAUAUUUGUAUGCAAAUAGCAUGGAAUAAAACUUCUGGUAUUGGUGUUGAUACACAUGUUCACAGAAUUUGUAAUAGAUUGGCUUGGCUUAAAAAUGAAACUAAAACACCAGAAGAUACAAGAAAGCAAUUGGAAUCAUGGCUACCUAAAAAACUUUGGAGUGAAAUUAAUCAUUUACUUGUUGGAUUUGGACAAGAAAUUUGUUUACCUCGAGGUCCAAAGUGUAAAGAAUGUUUAAAUAAUAAAAUUUGUCCUUUUCCCCGUGCAAAUAAAUAA